AUGGCAAGAAUCGCACCAGAAGGCUUCGUCAUGCCCGACAACAUCCUCGACCCCAAUACCGCCACUCGCGAUGACUUCUCCAAGCAAGCCAUGGCCUUUGAGAUUCCCGCAGAUGCAUCCCAGGACUACAAGAAGUACGCCGAGCCACUCAAGGACUUGUAUGGACAUCUCGCCUACCAUAAGGCCAUGGCUUCCAACCUUCAUCAGACGUUCAUGACGCCGGCGGCGAGCAAGAAUAGGGUGUACUUCAUGUGGGAUUUUGUUGGGAGGACGUUGAGUAUGCUCAAAGCCCUCCCACCAACCAUCACAGUAGCGAGCAUGAACGAUGCUCAGCUCGAGAUGUACGAAGAUGUUCAGUUGCGAUCGCAGCUGACAUGCGACCUAAUCCUCAACAAGACGCCAGGCAUGCUCAACCAGAAGAUGGAGAUGCUAUAUCCAGACCAAGCGCACAACCAUCCAGACUUCGGCGAUGCGGUACUAGAGGACGCGAGGAAGCUUGAUGAGGUGUUUCCUGGGAAAUUUGAGGGAGAGCACAGUGUGAGACGUUGA